AUGGGAGGCAGAGGAGGGCAGGGGAGUUGCGACAAGGAGGAGGAGAGCACGGGCAGUGGGUGCGGUGUUGGUCGACGGUGGUUGGCGGUGAGGAUGGGCAGUAGUGGUGGUGGAAUACGGUGGUGGCAGUGGUUGGUUUCAGUGGCUGAUGGUGGUUGUUCGAACGAAGCAGGAAACCAGGGAUGGGAGUCAGCAGGAUUGGUGCUCAUACCUGAUGGAUUUGUUUUUCACUUAAUGUUAUUUUGGCAUCCAUCUUCUUUCAUUUUGUCCACACUUAGUCCCGGAAAAGCAAGUCCUGGAAAUGAUAUUGACGUGUAUUUGCAACCAUUAGUUCAUGAGUUGAAAUUGCUGUGGGGAGGGGUUCAAGCUUUUGAUUCUUUUGACGAAGUGAAAUUUAAUUUGCGCGCGGCUCUGCCUUGGACUAUUAAUGACUUUCUUGGCUAUGCAAUGCUCUCUGGUUUGAGCACAAAAGGUUACAAUGCAUGUCCUAUAUGCAUGGAUUCCACACCCUCUGAUAGAUUUGGGAACAAGAUUUGUUAUUGUAGCUAUAGAAAAUGGUUACCCGCAGAUCACCCAUAUCGACGUCAGGGUGAAAAGUUUUGUGAGAAGUUUGGAACUAAUGAGUUGGGUGAAGCCCCAUCUCGUCCUAGCGGCACAGAUAUAUUGAGGCAACAAGAAAAGGUCGAGUAUGUUUAUGGAAAGUCAAAGGCACCACCGAAAAAGAGACAAAGAGGACAAACUGAUGACAAUGAUGUCCAAGAUGAAAUUGUCUUUGGUACCAAGAGAAGCAUAUUCUUUGAUUUGGUGUAUUGGGAGCAUAAUCUUCUAAGGCAUAAUUUAGACGUUAUGCACAUUGAGAAAAAUGUGUCUGAGAAUCUUUUGGGAACACUUCUUAGUAUGGAUAAGAGUAGAGAUAAUAGGGAUGAUCGAGAAGCCCUUGAAGCAUGGAGAAUAAAGACUCACCUUUGGCUUAGUGCUGAUCAUAAUGGAAAUGAAUACAUGCCUCCAGCUUCCUAUUCUAUGUCUAGGGAGGAAAAAGAGAGAUUCUUAAAUGUUUUGCAGAAACUUAAAGUUCCGGAUGGAUAUGGAUCCAACCUUUCUAGUUGUGUGAAUAUGAAGCAAAGGAAGUUGAUUAACCUCAAGAGUCAUGACAACCAUGUUCUAAUGCAAGAUAUCCUCCCCGUUGCCUUAAGAUCUUCUAAUGAUACAAAGGUGAUUGACUUGUUGGCUAGAUUGUCUUCGUUUUUCAAGAAGUUGUGCUCCACCAGUAUUGAUCCAGAUGAUUUAUAUGGUCUUCAAGAUGGAAUUGUUUUAACUCUUUGUCAGUUGGAAAUGGAGUUUUUGCCUUCAUUUUUCACAAUCAUGGUCCAUUUGUUGAUUCACUUAGUGGAGGAGGUUAAACUUGGUGGACCAGUGCAAUACAGAUGGAUGUAUCCCAUUGAAAGGUAUUUGUCCCAUUUGAAGUCACAUGUAACCAAUAAAGCCCAACCUGAAGGAUCUAUUGCGGAAGGCUACCUUUUAGAGGAGACAAUUAGGUUUUGCUCGAGAUAUCUUCAAGGUGUUAAGACCAUCUUCAACAUGCCUAAAAGGAUGGAUGAUGACAUUUCAAAUUCUGAUGAAUACUUAUUUAAUUCCGGCGGUCGAGUCAUUGGAAAGGAGGUCAGCAUAUGCCUUGAUGGUCAAAGCUUAAAACAAGCCCAUCGCUACGUUUUACUUCACUCUGAUGAGAUCAAAGGGGAUCUAGAUGAAUUUUUAACCGAGAAGCGUCAAAUGAACUUAGAAAUUUCUGUCGCGGAGAGUGAUGAAAGUAAAUGGAUCAUCAAUGAAUUUGGAGGGUGGCUGCGAAACAAGAAAUUUAAAGGAUACAUAAUCAAUGGAUACAAAUUCCUUUCCACUGAUCGCGAUUGUCGUCUUUUGACACAAAAUUCUGGAGUUAUGGUUGAAGCGGAUGGAGUGGCAUACUACGGAAAAGUGAUGGAUAUCUAUGAACUAAAUUACUAUGGAGAUUAUAAAGUUGUAUUGUUUCGUUGUGAUUGGGUAGACAUUCGUAGGGGUGUAAGAACAUAUCCAAACAGCGGAGUAUGUGUCAAUUUCUCUAAAUUGAUGCAUACUGGACGAUUAUUGCAAGAUGAUCCAUUUGUCUUCUCAUCUCAAGCAAAACAAGUUUUUUACAUAGAAGAUGAGAUACAAAAAGGAUCGAGUCUGGUUGCAGGCGACUUAUCGGUUGAGGUCUGCUACUAUCUUUUUACGUUACAGUUGAUUCUUCUGUGUUGGCUGGCUUCUUAA